UCAGGUUAGGCCACUAGGGGCCGCCAUGUUGGAAACCAGGAGCGACGGCGGCAUCCCGAGCCAUGGCGGCGGCCGAAAUACUGGAGGUGCGGCCGGGCCUCUAUCUGGGCGGGGUCGCGGCCAGCGAGCGUUGCCGGCUAAGGGAGGCAGGCAUCACGGCCGUGCUGACGGUGGACACUGAGGAACUUAGCGGCGAUACCGAAGGCCUGCAGACCCUCUUCAUUUCCGCACGGGACGAGCCGGAGACUGACCUUCUCAGUCAGUUGGACAAGUGCUCCAACUUCAUCAGCCGGGCACGCGCCGACGGCGCCGCCGUGCUUGUUCACUGUCAUGCUGGCAUUAGUCGAAGUGUUGCUGUUGUGACUGCUUACAUAAUGAAGACAGAGAAGCUCGCCUUUGAAGAUGCCUAUGCAAACCUCCAGACCAUCAGGCCAGAGGCUAAAAUGAAUGAAGGCUUUGAGUGGCAGCUGAAGCUUUACCAGGCGAUGGGUUGCGAGGUGGACACCUCUAGUGCAAUAUAUAAACAUUAUCGUUUACAAAAGGUUACUGAGAAAUAUCCUGAAUUACGGAAUUUACCACAGGAGGUCUUUGCUGUCGAUCCCACUCUUAUUUCCCAGGAAUUGAAAAAUGAGAUCCUCUACAAGUGUAGGAAGUGCCGGCGUUCCUUAUUUCGAAGUUCUAGCAUUUUGGAUCAUAGUGAAGGGAGCGGACCAGCAGCCUUUGCUCAUAAGAAAAUGGCACCUUUAAUAAUGAACACCGGCGAUGAAACUAAAUGUACUUCUUAUUUCAUUGAACCUGUUCAGUGGAUGGAAUCUGCAUUGUUGGGUGUGAUGGAUGGACAGCUCCUUUGCCCGAAGUGCAGCGCUAAGUUGGGUUCCUUCAACUGGUAUGGUGAACAGUGUUCAUGCGGUCGUUGGAUGACGCCUGCUUUUCAGAUACAUAAGAACAGAGUAGAUGAAAUGAAAAUGCUUCCCCUUCUUGGAUCACAAACAAGAAAAACAUAAACUUCUUUUUAAAAC